GUCCAACAAGUAUAUUCACGAUUGAUAUUUUAUUUAUUCGUGAUUUGCUUAUCAAAUAGUUCUAGUUAUAUUUUUUAAAUAUUUUGUUUCCAUUCUAUAUGAUUAAAUUGAAAAUUGUUGCAAGUGUUGUGUUGACAGUGGUCACAGAAAGGCGACCAGAAGUGAAAAAGAAAAUUGUAUGUGUGGGUCUCACCGAACAUUGAAUGAAUUAAAACGGAACGAAAACAACAACAGUUUUUUGUCAUCUAUUGUCUAUUAAAAUCUAUGAAGAAAAUUGAAUUUAAGCAUAUUUUGUGUGUGUAAAUAAAAAGUAGCAGUGAAUUAAACAUGCUUCCCGACAGCGAUGAAGUCAAUUUAUCGCCAACUGAACUACAAAUCUUAUCGGAACUUGACAGUCGUCAAUUUGGAUUUCUUCGGCUAAAUGGUAUAGAACAUCGGAAAAAGAAAGCGGUCGUUGUCAAGGCCAUCAAGUAUUUGGAGCGCAUGCUGAUUCAAGCUUACUGCCAACAGGAGCGUGAAAAACGAUGCACAAUCACAGCAAAAAAUGAUGCCGAAACAAAUGCAAGUGCUAACGAUGAAGCUGAAUCCAAUGCCGAGAAAAUGGAUACAAAUGAAUCGACAACGGAGACUGCGACAGCGACAGCAACGGAAACAACAACCGCAGACGGCACAAAAACACCAAAAACCGAACCGGAUGCAUCACCAAAAUCAAAUGACGUAGAAAUGGUUGACGCUUCAGUACCAAUGCCAACCAUUAAACAAGAACCAAAUGAUGAAGAUAGUACGAUUGAAACGGACCCGUUGGCUGAAACACCAACAACUGACGACGAUACAAAUAAAACGGAUGAGAAAAAUGACACACCGCCGGAAAUUCAAACGGUAAAAACCGAAGCCGAAGCCAAUGAAAAUGGGAAUGUUGACAACAGUGAAACAAACAAAGAGACACAAAGUGGAGAUUCAGCAGCAACAACAACACCAACACCAACACCAACACCAACGGAUGAACCAAUCAAAAUUGAAGAAUCCACAACCGAUAAGGACGAUCCAUACUCAAAAGACAUAAACAUUGAUCCGCGAACUUACUGUAAACUUGGCCAUUUUCAUUUGCUACUUGAAGAUUACGCAAAAGCAAUGUCCGCAUAUCAAAAAUUCUUCGGAUUAGAAAAAGAGCAUUGGCGUGAUACGGCAUUUCUAUACGGACUUGGCAUGGUGUAUUAUCAUUAUAAUGCAUAUCGAUGGGCGACCAAAGCAUUUCAACAGUUAUUGUAUGUGAGUCCAGACUUCGCACGUUCCAAUGAAGUACACCUGCGUUUGGGUCUUAUGUUCAAAGUGAAUCAUGAUUAUGAGGCCGCAUUAAAGCACUUGCAGCUUGCACUCUUCGAUUCGUCGCCUUGUACAUUAUCCAAGUUCGAAAUUCGUUUUCAAAUUGCUCACCUUUAUGAAGUACAAAAGAAAUAUAAAUUAGCCAAAGACACAUACGGAAAACUACUUCUUGCAGACAAACAGCUGACACCACAAUUACGUUCCGAUAUCUAUCGUCAAUUGGGAUGGAUGCACCAUACGAUUGAUACAUUAGGCGGUGAUAAACGUGAACGUGAAAAGAACGCAAUAACAUUUCUACAAAAAUCCAUACAAGCCGAUCCAAAGUCCGGCCAAUCGCUUUAUUUAUUGGGACGUUGUUAUGCUGGCAUCAAUAAAGUGCAUGAUGCAUUCAUAGCCUAUCGUAAUUCGGUUGAGAAAAGCGAAGGUAAUGCUGACACAUGGUGCUCCAUUGGAGUUUUAUAUCAGCAACAGAAUCAGCCUAUGGAUGCACUUCAAGCGUACAUAUGUGCAGUUCAAUUAGAUAAAACACAUCGUGCCGCUUGGACUAACUUGGGAAUUCUGUACGAGAGUUGUAGUCAACCUCGUGACGCACUCGCCUGUUAUUUAAACGCAACUAGAUAUUCAAGUCUAUCAGAUCAAAUACAAAAUCUAACGGUAUCGUCAACCACGUCCAAUUUGGGAACACAGCAAUCGACUGGUUCUACAAAAACUUCCGAUAAAAGUGAAAAAAACUCGACAGCCAACAGUGCUGCAAUCACCACGGCAAAUAAUUGUAAUUUAAAUUUGACGAAUAAUUCAAAAGACACAACUGCAUCGGACGUUAAUUCAGCGAACGAAAGCUUGGCACAACGUGUCAAAUUCCUUCAAACAAAAUUGGCUCACGCUCCUAUGCCAAGUAUAACAUCAAAACGUCGGCAGUUGCCUUCGAUUGAAGAGGCCUGGAACUUACCAAUCUCGGCCGAAAUGAGUUCACGACAACAGCAAACCGCUCAAAGCAAUCAACAACGUGCCUAUGCUAAAAAUUACAAUCAUGUCCCGACAGCACCUCCACCAUAUCCAAAUCCGCAAGGCAACAAUGGUGCGAUCCCGGCCAAACGGUAUAAAGGCGAUGAAAAUGCGCCAAACCGACCGAUGCCGAAUCAAGUUCCACCACCUUCAUUCUACCUGAACCAACAGCAAAUGCAUUUGUUGCAAAAUCUACAAAAAAAUAAGGACACUUUAAGUCCGCAGCAAUUGGGCAUGCUCAAUCAAUUGAUUCAAAACUAUCGAAUGAUGCAACAACACCAAAUGCGCUAUCAGCAACAGCAGCAACAGCAACUGCAACAACAACAGCAACAGCAAAUGCAGAUGCCACCACAACAACAACAACAAAUCACAUCACCAAAUAUGCAACAAGCCUAUCCGCAGACCAUGCCUAGCAGCCAAAAUGUUAUGCUGCCGAUGCAAAUGCAACAGACCAAAAACGAUGACAUUCAAGCAAUUUUAUCGCAAAAUGAUUCAAAGACAAUGCUUGCCGAGAAUUUGCUGAAGCAAUUCGGUUCGACGGUAAAACAAGAAAUCGACGAUGAUCGAAAUGCGGUUGUGGCCGACUCAACGACAAAUUUCAACAGUCAACGGCCCAUCAAAUGUGAAGCGACUUCAACGAGCAGGAGGUCACCGAACGAUUUGAAAAAUGAACCCGUUUUGAAAAUCGAAAACAUUUACGAAACCAAUCGAAAAGUCAAAUUCAACAUACAAAUGACGUCAAAGCAACUACAAGAGGCUGUGAAGUCAAUGGAUAGCAAAGAACCACCGGCACCAUGCUCAAUACUAUCGUAUGAUGCGCCGCCACCGUGUCCGCCCGAUUGUCCGCCACAGCGCUUGACAAACGAACAAUUAGUGCCUCCUACGCCAUCUGUUCAUUUGGAUCAUAAAAAACACGCCUUUUCGCCGCAACUCCAAGAGUUUUGCCUUAAACAUCCGAUUGCCGUUGUUCGCGGAAUGGCAACCGUUUUAAAAUUAGAUUUGGGUCUAUUCUCAACAAAAACAUUGGUCGAAGCGAAUCCAGAUCACAGUGUUGAAGUACGAACACAGGUCCAUCAAUCGCCCGAUGAAAACUGGGAUAAUACACAAGGCAAACGGGUUUGGGCCUGCAUUUCACACCGUUCACACACAACAAUCGCUAAAUAUGCCAACUAUCAAGCAUCCAGCUUCCAAGAGAGCUUAAAAGAAGAAAACUAUGAUAAAACGUCGGGCAUUCACAAUUUUAGUGAUUCCGAUUCCAAAGACUCAUUGAACAGCAGUUCAAAUGGCAAAAAGGUCAAGAGGGUGAAGAAUGGAAAUAAAAUGCUGAGGUUUGGCACAAACGUUGAUUUAUCCGAUGAACGGAAAUGGCGACCGCAAUUGCAAGAAUUACAAAAAUUACCGGCAUUCGCACGUGUUGUAUCUGCAGCGAAUAUGUUAUCUCAUGUGGGUCACGUCAUAUUGGGCAUGAACACCGUUCAAUUGUACAUGAAAGUGCCGGGCUCACGAACACCAGGCCACCAAGAGAACAACAAUUUCUGUUCGAUAAAUAUCAAUAUUGGACCGGGCGAUUGUGAAUGGUUUGCCGUGCCCGAUUCAUAUUGGGGUGGCAUUCAAGCAUUGUGCGAGAAAAACAAUCUGAAUUAUUUGCACGGUUCAUGGUGGCCGGUACUUGAUGAUCUCUACAAAGCAAAUAUUCCCGUUUAUCGUUUCGUUCAACGGCCGGGCGAUUUGGUGUGGGUGAAUGCCGGUUGUGUGCAUUGGGUACAAGCCAUCGGAUGGUGUAAUAAUAUUGCUUGGAAUGUUGGACCAUUGACGGCCCGACAAUAUCAACUUGGCAUCGAACGAUACGAAUGGAACAAACUCGAAAGCUACAAAAGCAUCGUUCCAAUGGUACAUUUGAGCUGGAAUUUGUCGCGCAAUAUUAAAGUAUCCGAUCCAAAACUAUUCGAUUUGAUUAAAACAUGCUUGAUGCAAACAAUAAGAUUUGUUAUGGCAACAAUGGAAUACGUCAAAGCAAAAGGAAUCGAAAUUCGAUUUCAUGGUCGCGGGAAAAAUGAAGCGUCACAUUAUUGUGGACAGUGUGAGGUUGAAGUGUUCAAUAUUCUCUUCAUUCGUGAGCAAGAGAAACGGCAUGUUGUUCAUUGUUUGAGUUGUGCUCGUAAACAGGCACCAAACCUGCAAGGUUUCGUGUGUUUGGAGGAAUAUCGACUCAAAGAUCUAAUGGAGAUCUAUGACAAAUUUGUGCUGUCAAAACCACCGCCGCCGCCGCUUCCAACUGUGCCACAAAACGCGUUGGCCGCCACCCAGUCGCAAAAUCAACAAAAAGAGACGUCAGUCGCAUCUUAAACAUCAUAAUGUCGUAAACUCUGGCUAAAAAUAACUAGCAAAAAUAAGCAAAUUUAUUUCUCAUAUACAUAUAGUUCGUCAAGUUGUAACGAUAACUUUUUUUUCUAUGCAAGACACUGUCUAAAGACAGAGAAAAUAUUUAAAUAUUUUAUUUAUUUUUCCCCGUUUUUUUCAUUUUCUUUUUCGUUUAAUAUUUGUCUAUAAAAACCACAAAUUUAGGGUGUAAGUAUACAUACACUAAUAUAUAUAUAUAUAUGCACUUUUAGUUGCAAAAAUACAUAAAAUUUAUGUUUAAAUAUUGUAUAUUGAAUAUUCAUGUAUAUGAAAUCGACAUACAAUUCGACCCCCGAUACUAAAUAAUAAGAACGAUUUUUUAAGAAAAAGAAGUAUCCAAAAUCGAAUGUAGUACAUAAGAAAAGUAUCUCUAUUAUAAUGACGAGGAGGUAAACUCAAAAGGCAAAAAGAUUAUUUAACAACAAAAAAAAAACACUUGUAUCCAUAUACACAUUUAUAAAAGAAACCAUCUUCAAAUGCGGUUCAGCAAAUUAGAUUUUUAGGAAUAUAGAUAUUGUUACCGUAUUACUUCGAUUGUAUUGAUCGAGAAAAACACACACACACAAACACAAAACGUUUUAGAUGUCACAAGUCGGAUUUUAAUAUAAGUAAAAAUAAUGCGCGUAUAGUAGCGCAACUGGCAUUGCGUUUCGCAUUUCGGCUCCGUUGAAGCUUUUUUUGCGGGAGUUUGAUACAUACAUUUCUUUUUGUCUCAUAAUUAAUUCAAUCACCAAAAACAAAACGAAAAUUCUCUCGACUUGAAAUAGCUUCUACUUCUGUUUGAUCUCACGACUUAACGAAGAGAACCGAUUUGUUUCUGUCAUUGUUCAAAGUGGCUUAUAUAUCGAUUCAUUUAUAAAUUCACACAAUUAAUUCAUUUUCAAAAUUAAACAAUUUGUUAAAAAAAUGAAAAAAAAAAAAAAUGAAAAUUUAUAGUUUUUAAAAAAGGCGUUUUAGUAUGUGUGUUUAGUUAAAAACUAAACGAACUGUUUUGCGGUGCAUAGAAAACCGAGUCGCAAUGCGAUCACCCAUUUCUUCCUCUGAAACAAUGGAGGAAUUAACGGGAUCAUUUGUCGCGCUCGGUUAUUAAAUUUAAGUAGCAAAAUAUUUUUUGGCACGUAAUAUAAGCAAAAUUUAAAAAAAAACCAACAAAAAUUUUUUUGGUCGAACUUUUCAAUUCUUUAAAAAAUGAAUCGAAAUAAGCUAAAAAUGAAAGAGGAAAAAACACAGAAAAUAGAAACAAACGUGCUAUUUUAUUAGUAAUCAUUUAGAUGGUAGAGCGAGGGAAGUCUGUGUAACGUAAGCGAGCGAUAUAGCAAGAUUCUGUACAGACAUCAUUUGCGUCAUAUGCGUACACACUUUCAACACUUUUAUCGUAUUUUAAUCAAAUGAAAUAGGUUAGGUAUGGAAACAAACAUUUAUAAUCGUGUAAAAUAGUUGAAGAUGCAAAGAAUGAAAUUGCAAAUGAAAUGAGAAAAAACCAGUAUUCACUGCCAAAUCUAACGAAAAAAGAAUGGAAUAGAAAUCCAACUAAGUAAGCAAUUUAUAAGCAUAGAAAAUCAUACAAUUUACUUAUUAUUAUUAAAUGUAUGAUUCAUCUUAGUUCAGAAGUGCAAAAAUCAUUCGAAAGAAUCAACAAUCGGGUAUAUUUUUCGAUGAUUUUUUUUUAGCAUCAUCGAGAAAUGUUCGGAAUGAUUUUGGUUUAAGGAAAUUUAAGUAAAAUGAAGACACUUAUGGUCUUUGUUUGUAGAUUGAUGUAAGAAUGAUUAUAACAAAAAGGCGUCCGAAUUUUCGACGACAACAUAUAUUUAGAAUAAAUUUUCCGCAAUUCAACGCAAAUGACGAUAAAAUGCCGAAAUGUGUGUACAACAUGAUUUACAGAAAUAAAGAAAAUCUUAAACAACACAUAUGUAUGAAAAAAUAAA